AUGUUCUUCUACCCAAUUUGCUGCUACUUCUGCAUCCGAAGACACCGUGCCGCGUCAACCGCGAGCAACAGGCCAAGCGAGGAGCGAGCCCUCAACGGCGGGCCGCCAGAGAACCAAGACGGCGGCGAGCGUCCGCUAGACAUCGAGUUGCCAGAAAAUGAUACUACGCAGCCAGAUGUUCCGCCAGAUGUUCAGCAAGGCGGCCCUCAGCAAGGCAGCAAUAUAAUUUCAUUCCCUCGAUUGGAAGACAACCCGGACGGCAACAACCCUUCAAGUGAUGCCCCUCAGCAAGCCAACCCCCAGCAAGCCAACCCUCAGAAAGCCAACCCUCAGCAAGCCAACUCUCAGCAACGCAGUGAAUCAAGAACCGUGACGAGUCAAUCCCCUUCAUGCAAAGACCCAAGGGAUGAAGAGCAGGAUAACAGCAGUUCUUCAGAUGAUGCUCUGUCAGCCAUUGUUGCUCGGUUCAACGAGGACCGGGGUCGCAGGGUAUCACGCUACCAAAAGGUUACGCAACAUAUUUCUGAGAGAGAAAGAGAUAUGAUAGAAGCAAUGAGUCUAUUCAAUUGA